AUCCCAUUCCUAUCAACCAGCCAUUGAGAAUCCAUUUUGUUCUGUUUUGACAAGAUGGGAUACAGUUUCAGAUUGGACUUUUUGCAGCAAGUUAGAAUUUACGUAGCAGGUUAGGAGGAUUAGGUUAGAAGGCUUAGCUCAAAUUAAAAACAAAUCAACUUUUGAAGUUAAUUUGACAAGCUGUAACCCUUCUAGCCAUGACAAUGUUGUGCUCCCUGUCCUAUACUGUAUUUUGAUUCGUCUGAGGCGGUGUUAAAAUUGAAAGUGAAAGUUCACCCCACGAAACGCUGACACAUCCAACCGAGACAGUUUACCGUGUAAGCGUUUAACAAAGUAAAAGGGGUUGAAAAGUAAAGUGCAGUAGGCUCUCUCCUUUCACCUGAGGGUUCUCGAGUUGUGGAUUCGUUCGCCCAUCUUGAUUGAAGAUGCUCCAUAAUUCUCGACCUCCCCAACCUCAAAGCGCUGGUUUUUCCUUUGAGAACACUCGCAGGAAUGCUGUGUUGGAAGGGAAUUUGUCAGAGCUUGGUUACAGUUCUCCUAAGGCAAGGAAGACUGGAACCACCAUCGCUGGCAUAGUAUUCAAGGAUGGGGUGAUACUUGGAGCUGACACAAGAGCCACUGAUGACAUGGUGGUAGCUGACAAGAAUUGCAUGAAGAUCCACUACAUUGCUCCCAACAUCUACUGUUGUGGAGCAGGUGUGGCUGCAGAUGCUGAAGUCACCACUCAGAUGAUGUCAUCCAAUGUGGAGCUGCACUCACUCAGCACAGGACGUCCUCCCCUUGUUGUCAUGGUUACCCGACAACUGAAACAGAUGCUCUUCAGGUACCAGGGACAUAUUGGCUCCUCUCUGAUUGUUGGAGGUGUGGAUGUGACUGGCGCUCACCUCUACAGUGUCUACCCACACGGCUCCUAUGACAAACUACCAUUCCUUACUAUGGGUUCAGGAGCAGGUGCAGCUAUUUCUAUCUUUGAAGACAGAUACAGACCAAACAUGGAGCUGGAAGAGGCUAAAAAGCUGGUGCGGGAUGCCAUUGCUGCUGGGAUUUUCUGUGACUUGGGCUCUGGCAGUAACGUGGACCUGUGUGUCAUCACUCAGGCAGGGGUUCAGUACCUUAGGAGCUAUGACCAACCUGCCCAGAAGGGGAAAAAAGAAGGACAGUACAAGUACAAGCCUGGCACCACUGCAGUUUUAACAAAGACCGUCACACCCCUGCCUCUGGACGUCGUUGAUGAAUCAAUUCAGCUUAUGGACGCUCAGUAAAAUCUAUGCUGCUGCAGGCGUUAUCAAAUCCACAUGAAUUCCAAAACUCAUUAGUAAAAAUGUCUACUUUAAUUCUAAAUCCUGACCGGUACUUACUACCAAAAUACAACUAAUGCAUUUAGAUGUUUUUAUUAAACCUAUUAGGACAGGGCUGCCCAACCUUCUUCCUGGAGAUCUACAGUCCUGUGGGUUUUCAGUCCAAUCCUACUUUAACAAGCCUGAUUCUGCUAAUUAGCUGCUCAACAAGACCUUAAUUAGCUGAAUCAGAUAUGCUAAAUUAGGGUUGGACUGAACCUACAGGACAGAUCUCCAGGAAGAGAGUUGGGCAGCCCUGCUUCUACCAGAACAUGCAUGCAAUAGUACAGCACAGUCACUAUGAUAACUCCACACCUGAAUCUGUUGAAUAUGCCUGUAUAAUUGUUCUUACACCAGCCUGCCCAGAGCUGCUGCCCAGAGCUACAACUGAGCUGCCCAGAGUUACAAAGCUACUUUGUUAUAUUACUAGAGUAUGACAUACUACUGCUAGAUAUGCUGUUACUAGUGUAACAAAGAUUUUUAUAGCCAACCGAUGCUUCACAUUUAUACGUCAGGUGAAAUUUCUGGCUCAUUGUUGUAUCUGUGAUUGUACGUUAACGUCAUGUUAAAUCACAUGCUCGAGCUGACUGAUUUACCCAAUAAACGAGCAGCUUCACUUUC